ACCUAACUGCUCAAUCCAUAAAAAAGUUAGAAUGGAAUAGAAGAGAACAUAUCAUUAUACCUCUAACUUAUUUAGAGGGGUAAACUUAUUAAAAAAUGAGUGGUAGUGACGAUAAAAUUGAUGCGGAUGUACAGGACAAAAGUAAAGGUAAAAAAAUUCGAAAGAAUUUGCGUAGGAGAGCUGAUUCAUCAGACAAUGAUUCUGAAGAAGAGGGGAACAGUUUUAUGUCACAGUUGGAAGAGCUAAAGACACUACAAAAACUUCGAGAACGUCCAAAUGGAGUGAACAUUGUCAGUUUAGCUCUAGGUCAGAAAGUUCCGGAGGAGGGAGAAUGUUUUGUCAGUGAUCCUUUUAAGGUCAAAACAGGGGGCCUAGUAAACAUGACAGCUCUAAAAAGUGGCAAAGUGAAGCAAGUUGAUGACGCCUACGAUACAGGGAUAGGAACUCAGUUUUCUGCAGAAACUAACAAGCGUGACGAAGAUGAAGAAAUGAUGAAAUACAUAGAGGAGGAACUGUCAAAGAGGAAAGGGAAGCUGGAAGAAGGGUCGGAAAAACCCUUAGACGAAGGCAAGUAUUGCUCGCCAGAGGAAGCCGCACUGCAGGCCGUCCCCACACAUCUCAGGGCCUCGUCCACCCAGCGCUCUGAGGAGAUGUUGUCCAACCAGAUGCUCAGUGGGAUACCAGAGGUGGACCUUGGGAUAGAAGCUAAAAUACGCAACAUUGAGGCAACAGAAGAAGCCAAGUUAAGGUUAAUAUGGGAAAAACAAAGCAAAAAAGACGGACCUUCACAGUUUGUUCCUACCAACAUGGCUGUCAACUUUGUUCAACACAAUAGAUUUAAUAUUGAAGAAGCAGGGCCUCCAAAGAGAAGAGAUAAACCUGAGCCAGACAAGAAGAAACCUGUAGUUGUAGAGAAGAGGGGAAGAGAGAACGGUGAAAAGGCUACUGAUGACUAUCACUACGAGAAGUUUAAGAAACAGUUUAGACGAUAUUAAUUUAGUGAUGGUUAAAUCCAAGAAUUUUAAAUCUCGACUUUAUUUCGACCUUUUUUUACCAAUCAUUGUAUCUUGAAUCCAAGUACAACUUUUAUUUUGAGCAAUAUUGAAAAUUCAGUUAUGCAAAUAUUGACCCACACUGCUAUUUUUUUUAUUCUGAAAUAGAUCUGAAACUUACAAUUGGUUUUCAAAAGUGUUUAAAAUUUUUAAAAAAUAAACCUAUUUAAUUCACAUUUCAAAAUUCAACCUAAGAUGCAACAUGAAUAAAAUAAUAAAAUUAAUCAGCAUUGUGAUAAGCAUGUAACAAUUCCACAUUUUGUUAUUUAAGUCUAGUCUAAUCGAUUGACUUUAGCCUAAUCAUAUUAGUUAACAUGCUCAAAACAAAGGAGAAAUAUAAAUAAAGUAAAUUAAAUUGUUGUUCUGGCCAUGUUAUGCUUACAGUACUGAUGUGACAUUAAUUUUUUUUCUUUAGAUUUGGUAGAUUUAAGAUUCAGCUUUUGACUCAUCACUAGUUUAUAGAUUAUUUAGUGUUUGUUUGUAUAAAGCAUUUUACAUAAUUAUUUUAUUUAGUAUUAAGGUUAGUACCAGUUGUUAGUUGAUUAAAUUGUGAAAUCUUUAGGCCUUUCAUCUCCUACAAUCUCAAAUGGAACUAAAUUGUAUGCAUUUUGAGUAUGUUUACUACCUUAGAGCUCAUUUUGCUAUCUAUGAUGUGUCCUAGAUGUGCAAGUCGGUGGCAUUCUUAGUUGUAAAAUUGCUGUUGGAAGUAAUUAAAUGUUUUUAGUGAAAGCGGUCCAAAUCCAUUGUUUUGUGGGUGUGCCUGGAAUCAAACCAGACUCUAAACCGACUCUAACCACUAAGCUAACUGUAGCAACACACCUUUUAUACUUUCAAUACAGCUAAUCUGUUUUAUAUACAAGUUAAGUCAGCUUGAUCUUUCAUUACAAGAACCUCAGAUAAGCUGUGGUCAAACUCAAAAAGCUGUUUUGGUUUCUGUUUGAUGAACAAGAAUUUGAAGUUACUCUGUUUGGCUGGUGAUAAACACAAGCAAAUUGGUGUCCUUAACUCUAGCUCAUUCUGUUU